AUGCCACCUUUGGUAACAGACCGAGAUGAUGAAGAAGGCGGUGAAGGUGGUGAAAUAGAAUCGCAAGCGUCGGAGGAACGUGAAGAAAUUCAUGUUACUUCUGAUACUCCUGCCAAGGGGGCAAUGACUGUCGAAGAAGCUCUUCAAGAUGUUUUGAAACGAUCUCUUGUAGUUGAUGGAUUAGCUCGUGGUUUACGAGAAUGCGCCAAAGCUUUGGACAGACGCCAAGCUCAUUUAUGUGUUCUAGUUGAAACCUGUACUGAAAAGGAGUACAUUAAAUUAGUGGAAGCACUUUGUAAUGAACAUAAUAUUCAAUUAAUUAAAGUUAGCGAUGCAAAAAAAUUAGGUGAAUGGGCAGGCUUAUGUAAAAUUGAUCGAGAAGGUAAUCCACGAAAAGUGGUGGCUUGCUCUUGUGUGGUGGUAAAAGAUUAUGGUGAAGAUUCUGAAGCUAGGAACGUUUUAUUGGAAUAUUUCAAAAAGCGUUAA